ACUCGGUUUGUAUCCAUAGCUAACUCUAUCCUAACCAAGUCACGGCUUGUGAGAGGUAUAAGCCUAGUAGUCUACUUUCUCAUACAGUUUGGUGCGCAGGAAUCAAAUAGUGAGCAUUCAACUGGAAGCAACAGCUAAUUAUAGCGAGAGUAAUUUACUGCAAGAAGCUUCAGUUUCGCGGUGUUGGUCAGGCUACUCAUUAUAGGAAUUAACGAAGAAGACGCAAGACGCUCCUUAGAUUUCACCAACGCGUAAAGGAGUACAUUUUUAUUUUCCCUUGCCUGGACGGAAGACUUCUAUUUGUAGACUAACGCCCACUAAUAGAAAACAGCCUCCAUCGCAGUGUUUCGGAAGUUUGGGUUGUAAAUACGCCUGUUGGUAAUUUAUUUAGGCUAGAUUUUGACCAGUAUUUCCUCUCUUCCUUGUCAAUGCUUUGUGAGAACGGGUGGUCGUCUACCGUAAAAAACGUAAGGCUAUUGAUAACGGAGAUAAGUGAACAGUUGAAGAGUGCGCUCCCACGUCGGCCCUGACCUCUAGAUGCCGGGUAUAAACUCCGACCCUCACUAUGAGUCCGGCUGGGAGAUGGAGUACGACCGCUAUCAACAUUACUUCUACGACGACCACGAUCCGGACGAGGAUUUCUUUAAAUCCACUGCGCCCAGCGAGGACAUAUGGAAGAAAUUCGAGCUAGUACCGACCCCGCCCAUGUCCCCUAUCCGGACUUUGGAGGGGGCAGCCGGGGUCGGGAUGGUCUGCCCUUCGCUGGGGGACAAACUCGAGUGGGUGUCCCAGUUUUUGGGUCAAGAGGACGAUCAGGAUGUGCCGUGUAAACUCAGUUCCGCCGAAGAGGCUUUUGGUAACCUGAGCUCCAUUAUCAUCCAGGACUGCAUGUGGAGCAGCUUCUCGGCGGGUAAACAGCUGGAGAAAGUUGUCGGGGAGCGACACGCUUCCUGUCCCGGGUCGGGGUCGACCAAACCGGCCCCGCAGCAGGGCGGAGCUGGCAUCAACACCACCGGGAGGGCGCAGUGUGUGACGAUGCCCAUGGACACGCCGGUUCCGGUUCUCAGUAGCUUGGCAACGGAUUGCGUGGACCCGGCUGCUGUUCUCACCUUCCCCCUGACCGGGGGACCGUUCAAGAAACCCGCGGUGUCCUCCGGUUCGGAAUCCCCCACAGACUCAUCAGAUGAUGAAUCCAGUGAUGAUGAUGAUGAGGAGGAGGAUGAAGAAGAGAUUGAUGUGGUGACUGUGGAACACAGGCAGUACAGGCCCCGGCGGCUGGCCAACGGCGGGAUGAACGUGCGGACGCCGGUGACCAUCGUGGUCGGAGUGGACCCUGUGGACCCGUGUAUGAAACACUUCCACGUCUCUAUCCACCAACAGCAGCAUAACUACGCAGCGCCUUCCCCCGACACACAGAAACAUCCCGAGCCCCCCAGGAAGAGGGUCCGACACGAGCCCCCAAACUCUUCUCAUAACUUCUCAAACUCAUCUCACCCCCAGCCACACCCAGGCCCCGCCUCAACCAAUCAGAACUCUGAGAGCAAACCACCUCACGUCGCAGUAGCAACGGCCGGUUCGGAGUCACCCGACGCCAACACACUCAUCCUUGCCUCCUCCCCCUCGAACUCUCCCCCAUCCUUCUCCUCCCACCACCUCUCCCCCUUGAAGUCAUACUCCCACUGCUCCCACCCCUGCAGCCCCCAGUCCUCCGACUGUGAGGACACGGACAAACGCAAGACUCACAACUUCCUGGAACGUAAACGACGCAACGACCUGCGUUCUCGUUUCCUGGCGCUGCGGGACAACAUCCCUGGCUUGGCAGAGUGCCCCAAGACGCCCAAGGUGGCCAUACUGAUACGUGCUACAGAGUACCUGGCGCAGCUGCAUUCCAGCGAGCGCCAGCGGGCACAGGAGAAACGGCAGCUGAAGGCCAGACGGCAGCAGCUACUCCGCAGGUUGGCACAGCUCAAACAAUGCCCCUGAACUCACUGACUGACUGACUGACUGGCAGACUGGCACAGCUCAAACAAUGCCCCUGAACUCACUGACUGACUGACUGACUGGCAGGCUGGCAAAGCUCAAACAACAUCCCUGAAUGUACUGGCAUACUGACUGGCAGCGACCUCUAGUCGACAGAAACCAGGACUAAAUGAAAACCAACUCUCACUAACUGGCAGGCUGGCAAGGAGAGAAGCCUAAGUAAUAUGCUUUGCUGAACCCUAUAUUAUAAACCAGGACUGAGUCAAAAAGCCAG